AUGCCGGAAGAGGAACAAUUCACUGUGAAUGGGUUACCGAGUCCAGUCUUGGCUCCACUGGGUGGAAACCUAGAACUGAGUUGUCAGUUGUCUCCACCACAACAAGCAAUGCACAUGGAAAUCCGUUGGUUCCGGAAUCGCUAUUCAGAGCUGGUAUACCUGUAUAGGAAUGGUAAAGACCUGUUGGGAGAAACUAUUUACAACUUUGUUGAAAGGACUGAACUCCUGAAAGAUGAUAUUGGAAAAGGGAAAGUAAUUCUUAGGAUCUUUAAAGUGACUGCUGAUGAUGGUGGAUACUACCACUGUUUCUUCAAGGAUGACAAGUUCUAUGAAGAGCAUAUUAUAGAAGUCAAGGUCACAGCCACAAGCUCAGACAUACGGAUUCUUAUGCAUCCCCAUAAUACCGAAGGUGUGAUGUUGGAAUGUCACUCAAGAGGUUGGUUCCCAAAGCCUCACAUGGAAUGGAGAGACAGCAAAGGGAAUUUCAUUCCAGCCACAUCAGAAUCCCAUUCACAGGAUGAAAACAAAUUGUUCAACAUGACAAUGAACCUUUUGAUUAAAGUCAGUUCCACCUGGAAUGUCACCUGCUACCUUCAAAACCUUCUAACUCACCAAGAAGAAAGUAUAAGUAUUGUCCUACCAGGUGAACUAUUUUCAUGGAAAUCUGUUUGGAUAAUGCUUGCUUUGCUGAUUUUCAUCCACGUGAUUUACUCAUACACUUGUUGGAAUCAGCAACAUUUGCUCGUAGGUUCCUGUGUCCAGAGAAAACCUCCUUGGAAAAAGAGUGCGAUAGACAUCAUAAUUUCAUUGAUCGCAAUUACAGGAGUCAUGCUUAUUUUGCAUCUUAAACAAAGAGUCCCAGAUUCAGACCAAUAUGUUGAAUUGGACACUUUGUGUUUGGAAGAUAUUAGUGUGAUCCUGUGUGUGCUGAUAGUAUUCAACAUCAAGCUCAUGUCACUGAUUUACUUCAGAAUGUAUGGUAAAUAUGAUGGGAAUUGUAGCUACUUAGGAGAUCUGGUUCAUAUGACUAAGGCUCAAAUGUCUAUAAUGUUACCUCUCAAGUCCUUUUGUCUUAGUAAACUUAACAAAAUCCAUAUAAAUAACUGUGUUGUAUAA